AUUUGUGGAUUGAGAUAUUGGGUAGGUUAACCUCGGAGAAGGACUUGGUGCCAUGCAUGAGUGUGUCCAAGUUAUGGCACCGAAUCACAUCGGAUCUCUGGGUGGGAAAAUUUUGGGCGCAGUCCCCUCCUUUGGGUCUUUUCUUGCGCACCGCCGCCAACACCACCGUGGGCAAUCUAAAAUAUCAUUGCAUGAAUUAUAUCUCUUUAUAUAAUUAUCAUGACAUAGAAGAUAACCUGGAAAGCACCCGCGUUUUCGUUUUCGGACAACCAUAUUAUGACAUAGAAGAUUAUAGGGACCAAAAGAUGAUUUUGCAGACUUUUGGUAGAGAAUGGCAUUAUCCGGGUUAUUAUGAUGAUGACGAGGAUGAUGGUGUUCUUGAUGAUGAUUAUAAACCCGCUGAUCGUGAUCAGUACCUAAACGGUUGUAAUGGGUUACUUUUGUUAUUGAAAUCAGCAACUCAUCAAUUUUAUGUUUGCAAUCCCAUCACAAGACAACAAGUCGCCAUACCUAAAGCCCGUGUGCACAAAAACCAUGAUGAUCAGCAUUUUUGUGCUGCCUUGGCUUUUGACCCUUCUGAAUCUCCUCAUCACUACAGAAUUGUGAGAAUUGAUUUUUCUCCGGAACCGGCUUCAUCAGCCUCAGACUCCUCAUCCUUGAUAGACAUAUUUUCGUCCGAAUAUGGACAAUGGAUUCGACAUAGGUUGCAGCUUGAUUCAAGUCUCACUGACGGGUUGAAAGAGUGCAAGUUGUGCAGGCAAUUUUUUUAUUUGCGGGGAAAGUUAUACAGUAUAACCAUGUCGUGGAACCUCCUAUGCAUUGACCUCAAGACUGUUGAAGCUUCCGCCCUUGAACUUCCUAUCCCGGUGGCGGAUAGAACCGGAGCCAUGGGAUGUCUUGGGGUGUCAAGGGACCUUCUUUGCUAUAUGAAGCGUAUGCCUGAUAAAUCAAGUCGGUUUCACAAUCUGGUAGUUUGGUCUUAUGAAAAAGGUGAGUGGAUUCCCCGAUAUAGUGUAAGUUGUCAUUUGUUGGGAGAAGGAAUAUUGGAUGAUCUAGGCUAUGACUACUAUGACACCAUGGAACCCUAUGCAAUAAGCCCAAGUUCGGAUCUCUUGUUCUUUGGCACUCCAACCUUGAUUUACUGUAUCCACCUUAAAAGCGAAAAUAUGAAAUUCGUUGGUGAAACGAGCUGUAAAAUAGAUACACCUGCUUGUUUCUUGACAUUACGUGCUUGCUUCGUACCUUUCCACACUCAAUUGCGUAAGGGGAACCACGUCUCCAUUUCAUUAGAAAUGGAAGCAAUGAGUUCUGAGGGAACAAACAUUUUGAGUGUAGAAGAACCAAAUGGCAAACAAGAAGAUGCUGAAUCAGUGAAGGUAAUAGAUGUGAAGUUAUAUGAUAGUAUGAAAAAAGAUCCAUCGCCGUCAUUGGUUUAUCCCAGUGAAAUCAUGGAAAUGCAUCUAGAGCUUGAGCAAAUCCAUGACGACACCUCUAGUGAUGAUGAACAUGUCGUAGAUCAGCUUGAAGGUCUUGUAGGGAGUAUGAGGAAGAGGAGGAAAAUCCAGUAGGUGACCUUUGCUUUGCAAAUUUGCGAGUUGUCUUAUUUCCUUGCUGUUUGGAUUUGUUUUCUUUUGUUUCUAAUCUCCAUUAGGAU